AUGAUGAAGGACUUGAUGUCCCUCAAGUUCGACUUUCAAGCCUUGGCCACGGUUACACUGACUCAGACGUGCAGUGCUGUUGUAACGAGAUCCAUAGCUGCGAAGUUGUCUGACCCAGGGAGUUUCACAAUCCCUUGCACAAUAGGCAACUUUGCAUAUGCUAAGGCACUGUGUGAUCUGGGAGCAAGCAUAAACCUUAUGCCCCUGGCUAUCUACAAAAGGCUAGGCAUUGGAACAGCUAGACCCACGUCUAUGUUAUUACAGUUGGCUGACCGAACAGUGAAGAGGCCCUCUGGGAUUCUAGAUGAUGUAUUGGUACAGGUUGGAAAGUUUGUGUUCCCAGCAGAUUUUGUCAUCCUUGACUGUCGGGUUGACGAGGAAAUUCCCAUAAUUUUGGGAAGACCAUUCUUGGCCACUGGGAAAGCUUUAAUUAAUUGUGAAACUGGAGAGCUCAAGAUGAGAUUAAACGAUAAAGAGAUAAUAUUCAACGUGUAG